UUCAACGUCAGAGAUAUAUUCCACAAUCGAUGUAAUAAACAUGUUUUUAAAAGCCAGUAUCUCCAUAACCUAUGACUUUGAUUUGCGGUGCGUUCGGUUAGCAGCACAAUGAAAGCAUGAAGUUUAUAGUUAUCAAUAGCCUAAAAUGGCAUAUUAUUUAUUUGGUAUUUAAUUAUUGUUAUUUACUUUGUCAAUCUCAAUCUAAUACGACUGCACCUUGUCAAACUCCAGACGGGCGCGAUGGGAACUGCGUCAACACAGCCGAUUGCGCUUCAAUGUCAGAGGUGCUCACCACCAUUAAGAGGCCGCUUUCCAACGUCGCGAGGGAGCAACUGCAGGCUUACUCCUGCGACAACAAAGCUUUCAGGAAGGUGUGUUGUCCGCUCAAAGGGGCCGUUCUAAUCAGGGAAAGCAACGUGAACCUGACUGCCCACAGGAGCUUCCAUUUGCUACCCAGCGAAUGUGGUUACGAGGACAUAGCUGGUAAAAGGAUUAUUAACGGAACGGACGCUGAACUGACCGAGUUCCCUUGGAUGGCACUUCUCAGUUCCAGGCAGUUUGGGAGUAAUGAUUUCGUCUGCGGAGGAACUAUAAUAAAUGAAAGAUAUGUGUUAACUGCAGCUCAUUGUGUAAUUGACAAGGACAGUCUGGUCAGCGUAAGAUUAGGAGAGUAUGACAAAAAUAGCCCAACAGAUUGCUAUAAAGACUAUUGCAAUGAUCCACACCAAGAUGUUUCAAUCGAAGAAGUGAUAAGUCAUCCUAAUUUUAACGAGCAAACUUUAGAAAAUGAUGUUGCUUUAUUGAGGGUGGCUCCAAUUAAGUUCAACCAAAAGAAUAUUAGACCAAUAUGUCUUCCAACUGAAGGCGAACCCGAUUUGAUAAAUACCAGGUUUUUAACGCUAUCAGGAUGGGGUAUAACAAAGGCUUUCGGAAGCACAAGUAGCGUAAUGCAGAAAGCCGAUAUUCUUGUAGUGGACAUAAAAGAAUGUGAGACCUUAUAUAGAAAUUUCGAACAGAAAACGAUAGACGAAAGAGUAAUUUGCGCGGGUGGGGGACAAAACUCCUCUUAUGCUUGUGGAGGUGAUAGUGGAGGACCAGUGCAAGCUGAAGAACGUCACAAUGGAGUUAACAGAUACGUUCAGCUUGGAAUAGUAAGUUUCGGGCACUCUACUUGUAGUAUCGCCAGUACGUUUACUAGCGUUAAGUUCUUCAUGAAGUGGAUUUUGGAUAAUAUGCGCCAGUGAGAGGAUGUUCCAUGAUUUUGAAAUGAAUUGAAUUGUUAAAUUUGUAUCAAAUUGCACUUGUAAAUAAAUUCCCAACUUGU